AUGAAAGGCCGUGAGCACCUGCACACGCUGCCGACCAUGUCGCUGGCCGAGACGCAGGAGCUGGAGCAGCUCCCCAAGCACCUGGACUGGUGCGAGCGCGGCUUCUGCGUGCCGAGCUGGAACCAGCACAUCCCGCAGUACUGCGGCUCGUGCUUCGCGCACGGCGCCAUGUCGAGCGCGCAGGACCGCAUCAAGAUCCUCAACAAGAAGCGCCACUACUCGGUGGCGGACGUGAUGCUCGGCCGCCAGAGCUUCCUCAACUGCGCGCCGGGCCACGGGCUGUCCGACGGCUGUGACGGCGGAGAAGCCGCGGACGUAUACGAGUUCAUGCGGCGCUACGGCCUGCCGGACGAGUCCUGCCUGCCGUACAACGCCACGGACCACACCAAGUUCCAGGCCACCAAUGGCACCUGCCCACCGCAAGGAUACUGCAUGAACUGCAUGUACACUCCUGAGAGCAAGACGGUGCCGCAGUGCUUCCCUGUGACCAAGAUGGUGCGUUAUCGAGCCAAGAGCCACGGCCACUUGUCGGGCGAGCUGGCCAUGAUGAAGGAGAUCCAGCGGGGCGGCCCCAUCACGUGCGGCAUCGCCUGCAGCGACGAGUUCACGUACGAGUACAAGGCCGGCAUUCUGGAGGACAAGACGGGCUUUAUGGACAUUGACCACGACGUGGAGAUUGUCGGGUGGGGAGAAGAGGAUGGCGUCAAGUACUGGCACGUCCGCAACUCGUGGGGCACGUACUGGGGCAUGAAUGGCUUCUUCAAGAUCGUGCGCGGCAAGAACAAUCUGGGUAUCGAGGCCGACUGCGCCUACAUGGAGCCCGACAUCAGCGACGAAGAGCUCGUGUGGGAGGAGAAGUCCAUCUACGGAGGGUCCAUCUUCGGCAUUGUCCCCUUCAAGGAGACCGCGAAGGACCACCCGAUCAAGGACACGAGCGAGGACGUCACGCGCCGCGACGACGAGGUCCCGCCUGCUCACUACUUGCCCGAGACGAACUCCUUCGCGACCGAAGUCGAGUCUCGCCACGACGACAGCUCGUUCAUCCUGCUCGCUAUGAUGUUCUUCGUGUCGGGCUGCGUCUGCGCGGCUCUCGCGGCGGUGCUCAUCCUCAAGUUCCGUGGCCACCGCUACGUCUACCGGACGAUCCCGUAA